GUGCAAGCAACCAUGGCCGAGACAACGGAGUGUGGGGUGACGGCGUUCGCUCCGCCCCCAGCGCCGACGUAUCGCUUCUUCAUCACCAGCAAAGCCGAGAAAGUGAAGAUCACGUUGGAGGGUUUAGAGAGCAAGAAGCAGUGGAGCUCCGGCUUCUUAGACGACAAAGAAUACCUCACAAGCACCAACAAAGUGCCCAAUGCGAGUCCCACAGAUUACGUCAAGGUCUUCAAGGACGCGUUGGAAUUUCUUAUGAAGAAUUCCGCGGACGAGGACGAGGACGAGAUCAUUGAGACGGAUAAAUUGGAAAGGGAAGACGACGACGCCAAGGCCCCGCUCAACCCUGCGAAGAUUCGUCGCAAGUUAACACCUCUCAAAGACGAUACCUUUCAAUUGGAAUUGACAGUAAAAAUCCGGAUCUUCGAGUCGGCGUGGAAUGCGAAAUAUCUGUUCUCACUGGAGCCCGUGACUCUGGACCGACUCGAUAUUCUAGAAGCCAAGCUCCGCGACGUAGAGGAAGAGCUGGAGAAGACUACAAACAAUUUAAGCGAAGAAAAACAAGAGCGAGCGAAUGUCGCGGAGGAGUUGAGCGAGGUUAAAGCCAAACUCGAAAAAGUCGAGUCUGCGCUAAUUAGUGUCAAGAACUCAAAGGCCGUCGUGCGCCUGAACGCAGCCUCCAAGAACGUUCCGCAGCUGAACGACAAGGGGCAGCUCAAGUGGAGCUCCGUCACGGGGUCUGGCUUCGUGUCCUCGAUUGACGGAUACGGUGUGCGCGUCCUCGUUGCCGGAUGGUACGUCGUCCAUUCGACCGUCUACUUGGCGCCUCAAACAGUCGGAACUGACAUUAAGAUCCAAGUGAAUGGGACCUACUUGCGGUCUAUGCCAGCGCCCUGUACGUUGAAGCAGAAUACCAGCGUCACGUUCGCCUUUACGACGUACUUCAAGCAGAGCGACGAGAUCGUGAUUGUCGCCACGGGCUCUCCCUUUAAAGUCGGGGGUGAUCUCGACGCUUUCAGACUUGGAAAUUGA